GAGUUCUACUUCCAGGGAAUAGAAGGGAGCUCAUUUCCUAGUUAGCCGGAGUGUCACAAUCAGAAAUGGAUUAUGAUGUCAUAGCAAAUCAGCCUGUAGUAAUUGACAAUGUACGUACUCUAUAUCUCAUCAUCUUAAAUGCUGUCAACAUCACAUUAUUGUGCAUGUUCCUUUUUUUUGUCUUUCUUCAAACCUUUGCAUUUACUUUGUUAUAUCAUUUUUUUUUCCAUGACCAGUCCAUUCACACCUGUCGCCGUCGCAAAUAAUAUCGAUUCUUUUCUCACAUUCAGUGACAUUCUAAUGAUUUAUUAUGAAUAAAUCUGCCAUUCUAAUCCUACUAGCACUAGACGUUGUAAUGUAACUAGACUUUCCACAGUCACUGCUAUCAAAUCAAUCUGUUAUCUGUUUAAAAAAAAAUAAAUUUCCUUGAUUUAUAAUUACUUCAUCAACAAUAUUCAGUUAUUUUGUUAGUGUGUGAUUAUGAUGAAAGAUGACUCACCAAGUCACUUUUUAAGAGGGAAAAAAAAAAAGCUAUACUCAGCCCUUAAAUAAAUAAAUUAAUGAAUAACCGAAACGUUAGCCUAUCCACAAUAAAUGCCCUAUAUUGUAAUUGUAAGUGAACUAAGUCUAAGUUCUAAGUUUAACUCUAUACUGAUACUGGAUACUAAUACUAAGUGAAAGUGAUCUAAGUUUAGCCUAUGAGUACUAAGUCAAGUAAGUAGGCAGUAGGGUCAAGGAUCUAUGACCUGGGUCUGGGUAGUUACUAGCAUAGGCAUAGUCUGCCAUGCCCAUAGUAAGAAGAGCAUGUUGCCUAAGGACUGGGGCCAAAUGAGUAGGCCUAGCCUAAUAUAGUAAUUUUGCCUGUGAAAUAAGGCCUCGUCAUUUAGUUUAUUUCAUAUUACUAUGAUUACUCAGGGAAGAAAGUUUGGAAAUGGAAAAAGUUUCCUAGUAAAUGAGUAGGCUAAUAAAAUUACCAGUUUCAGUUUUUUAAGAAAUAAUACACAUUGUAAUCAAUGCCUUUAAUUCAUCAUUUUAGGGUUCAGGUGUCAUUAAAGCAGGCUUUGCUGGGGAUCAAGUGCCCAAGUAUAUAUUUCCUAACUAGUAAGUGAAAUGUCACAUGGUUAAUGUCAAUGUGUCUGUAAUGUAUUGUCUUAAGCCAAAUGAACAUGUUCAACUAACUUAAUGAACUAAAUUACAAAUACCAGUACAAGUCAUAAAGAAAUCAGUUCAUAGAUUUGCUUGCCUUAUCACUGAUUCCUGGGUGUUCUCAUACGCAGACUAAUUUGUCUAACUUUCGAGUGGGUUGGAGUGAAUAUAAUUUACUACCUACUGAGUUCUUAACUGUUGGCCUUGUAUAGGGAUUCCUGGUUCCCUCUUGUAUUUUAGUGGCUGGGUCAUACAAAAUUGUAAAAUAAUUAAAAGGGUUUAACAAUUCUACAAUAGUACUUAAGUUUGUAGAGCCAGAUAGCAACACUUUAGUAUGGUGCCACUUUUAAAGAAAUGUUUAGUUUGCUUCCUUAUUACUUUUUGUAAAUUUAUAAUAUUAAGAAAAUUGAAAAGAAAAUUCAAUGAAACUAUGAAAAAUACAGUCAGAUCUUGUAUAUGUAUUUUUGUCCAUCUUCUUUAAAUUUACACAUUUAUUAAGUGUUAGUUAAGCAACUAUUGGUAUUACCCCUUGGCCUAAUAAUCACUGUUUUUUUUAAAUCAAGCAUUGGAAGACCCAAACAUGUUAGAAUUAUGGCUGGGGCCCUUGAAGGGGAUAUAUUUCUUGGACCAGAAGCAGAGGUAAAAAUAUCUUAGCUUUUUAUAUUAAUUAUAUAUAUAGAGCAAUAUAAUGAAGUUUAACGAUAUAUUUACUCUUAUAUUUUUUCCACAUAUAGAUUUAUAAAAGAUAUGCAUUUGUACUUGAUUAAUCUGUAUAAUAAUUUAAAAUAAGUCUAUGAUAGUAUUUAUAUAUAAUUAAGGAUUUGUAAGUAGAUUAAACACAUCACCAUUUAAAAACUAUUGUUUAAUAUUUUAAACGAAAUUAUUACAUUCUCUAAAAAAUAGCAUUUAUUACUAACUUAUAGGAGCAUAGAGGAUUGUUGUCUAUUCGAUAUCCCAUGGAACAUGGAAUUGUGAAAGACUGGAAUGACAUGGAACAAAUAUGGCAGUACAUUUAUUCAAAAGAUCAACUACAGACCAUCUCAGAAGAAGUAAGAACCAAUAAGUUAAUAAGUAUGGGAAAAAUUAUGGGCCUUUAAAUAGAAUUUAUUGAGCUUAUGUAAAAAAUUAAACAAUUGAACUGGUCAUUUUGUAAAAUAACUGACUCUCAAGGUUAAUAGUAAAUUGAAAAAUAAUCCAAAAAUAUUUAUCUAUAAUUGAAAUUUAGAGAUGGUGAUUACAAAAUGAGCUGUUGAUUUUGCACACCAGAAGGAAGCAUUUAAGUUUAAGUGGCUAAAUUUGGAUAAUAGCGGUGUAUGGAUAUGAUAAGUAAAAGAGUAAAAAGAUACUGAGCACACCUAUGAUGAUAAUAAUACAAAUUUUAAAAAUUAUAUUUCUUUAGCAUCCAGUUUUGCUGACAGAGGCUCCUUUGAAUCCUCAAAGAAACAGAGAAAAAGCCGCUGAAAUAUUUUUUGAGACAUUCAAUGUUCCAGCAUUAUUUAUUUCAAUGCAGGCAGUUCUGAGUUUGUAAGUUAUUAAGAAAAUUUAAAAAAUAGAGCAUAAAAGUGAAAUUUUUAGUUUUCUUUUUCAUCCCUACAAGGAGCACUUUGUAUGUAAAAACAUGCCAGAUAAGAGGAAAAGAGGGUAAAUUAACAAGUGUAGAUUAUAAAAUUCUCCCUCUAAGUUUCAUUUAACAGACUCAAUUGCCUUUUAUUUGUGUGCAAUUGAAAGGAUCAGAUAACAUUAAUGUUAUUGACAAGAGAAAAAAAUAAUUACAAUUUUACAUGCUGUUAUUUAUAUCAAAUGAUAACAGUAAUAGUAGAAUGAAAUUAAGAAGCCCUUUAAUUCAUAAAGUAAUUUAUUAAAAUAUUCUGAAUAAAUAAAGCAAAUUCAAGGUGCACAUGAAAAAAGUAGCAAGUAUGUUAAUAACUAAAAUAUGCAAUUUUUUUUCAGUAACUUUAUUCAUCUAAGAAAAAAGGUGUUUCUGUUCCAGAUAUGCUACAGGCCGUACAACAGGUGUAGUUUUAGAUUCUGGUGAUGGAGUUACACAUGCUGUUCCUAUAUAUGAAGGAUUUGCCAUGCCACAUAGCAUAAUGAGAGUUGACAUUGCAGGAAGGGAUGUUACAAGAUAUUUGCAAUUGCUUCUGAGGAAAGAAGGCUUUGACUUCCAUACCUCUGCUGAGUUUGAAGUAGUGAGACAGUUGAAAGAGGUAAUAAAUGUUAUCUUGGACAUUUAGAAUGGCAUCAUUGUAUUUGAAAACAUGGUAAACAACAAUAGUAAUUAUAAAAUUUAGCAUAAAAAUUGGAUUUGUAUAAAUUUUCUUCUCAUUUUUAUAGAGGGUGUGCUACUUGUCCAUCAAUCCUCUCAGGGAAGAAAGUGUGGAAAUGGAAAAGGUUCAGUAUGCCCUGCCUGAUGGAAAUGUAGUGGAAGUAAGUAUGUGUACAUUUCUUCAGAACAAAAAUGUUUGCUUUUAAAUCUAUAUAAAAUUUGAACUAUGAUGGUUGUCACACUCAGACUAUGUGCUGUAGUUCUGUUACGAUUUGUAUUGUUGUGUUAUGUGAACAAAUGAGAAAUGUAGUGGAAGUAAGUAUGUGUACAUUUCUUCAGAACAAAAAUGUUUGCUUUUAAAUCUAUAUAAAAUUUGAACUAUGAUGGUUGUCACACUCAGACUAUGUGCUGUAGUUGUGUUACGAUUUGUUUUGUUGUGUUAUGUGAACAAAUGAGAGUAUUUUUCUACGUGAAUGAACUAGAGUAGUUUUCAUCUUAUAUCAUGAUUGAAGUUAGUCACUUAGGACCAUGCAUUGGCUUGGUAACUCUGCCGUAAAAGCUGUCUACAUUUUGUGAGCCUGACAUUAGAGUAUAUUAAAUACAUUUGUGGUGAUAGGAGUGAAGUUACACUUUUUAAAAAUAUUAUUUUUUGUAUAGGAUGUGUAGGAUUUUAGAACACUUAUUUUUCUAUCCAGAAUUACUUCAGAAUUUUAAUCUGGACUGCAUGCUCAGCCAAUUAAAAAGGGCUUCUUAACUUUUAAAUGUCUCAAGGUUAUUUUUGUAUCCGGAAAUUUGAUCGAAAGAAAUUUCGUAGACCGGUAAAUUGAUAAACAGUAAUUUGAUCGAACAGAAAUUUGGUCAAAUCUUUUUUUCUUCAGUUUUUACAUUAAAAUUUUGCUUCAAAAUUUUUUUUAAACGCAUUAUUUUGUUUAACUAUGUAGCAAAGUGCGUUCAAAAAGAAAUUUGACGAAAAUUUUAACAUAUGAACUGAAAAAAAGAUUCAACCUAAUUUCCGUUCAAUCAAAUUACCGUCGAUCAAUUUACUGUCUACGAAAUUUCUUUCGAUCAAAUUUCCGGUAACCAGUUAUUUUAGCUUCUUACUAUACAUUAACCUUGUAGGGGCUAGGAGAAAGAAAAAGAAGUCUUAGACUUGUCUCAUGUGGCCAUAAAAAAGUGGACCUACUCCAAGGCAAAGUUCUAUCUGCCAUAAUGUAUCUUUUCUGCAGCUUAUAAUAUAAAUUAUUCAUGGUGAGGAGUGGUAUUGAAAGUGGUUUCCAGCCGUGGUGAUGAAGUAUUUGUAUUAGAUAUUAAAAGGCAUAAUAUGCAAAGUGAAUAUAAAUUAUAAAAAAACACACAACACAAUUUUAUUUAAGAUAAGAUUCUUUUUAUGGAUCCAAAUAAAUGGAGAUGUCUUUUUGUACAUGUUCAUUUUCACCUUAUUAAAUAAAAACAGAGACAGUAAACAUUCUGAUUAAGACGAUUUUAAACUCCGACAAUUUGACAUAUUACAAGACGUUUCUAAAGUAUUUCUCAAGGGCAAAAAAAAAAAAAACAGACCAUGAAAAUAUAUGAAAAAACUGAAAUAUGUAAAAUUAUAUGAUAUGAAAAAUAUUCUUUUAUAGAUUAUUUAAACUCCGACAAUUUGAAAAAUUACAAAACGUUUUUAAAGGAUUUCCAAAGGGCAAAAAAAAAAAAAACAGACCAUGAAAAUAUAUGAAAAAACUGAAAUAUGUAAAAUUAUAUGAUAUGAAAAAUAUUCUUUUAUAGAUUGGACCUGCAAGGUUUCGAGCGCCGGAGCUCCUGUUCAGGCCUGAUCUAAUAGGAGAUGAGUGUGAAGGCAUUCAUGAGGUCUUGUCAUGUUCCAUACAAAAGUCAGACUUAGACUUGAGGAAAACAUUGUAUUCAAACAUUGUGCUUAGUGGUGGUUCAACUCUUUUUAAAGGUAUUAAUUAGUUACGGUACCAAAAUGGAAUUUAGUGGCCUCAGUUAUACAUAUUAUAUGUAAGAGUUAUUCAUGCGGUUUUGCUAAUUGUGCCUUGAUUAAUAGCCAUUUUCUUGAACAGUCAUGUCAUACUUUUCUUUCCCCAAAACACCACCUCCCCUAAAGAAUAUUCUUUUUAUUCGUACUAUAUAUUAUUAUUAUACUAACCAAUUUAUUGUUAGAUUUUGUGUUCCGGUUUAUAAAUAAUAUACUUAGUAUUAAUGUCAUGAAAUUAUACUUGUGCAAACUUAUACAAGUUAUUGAGCAUAGCUAAAAAUUUAAAAAAAGUAAGGAGAUCCAAUCAACAAUUGCAGUGUUGCUUACUCAUCUUAACGACCGGUACUUUCUACUAAAUGGCUCUUUGCUUCUAAAAAUUACCACAAUUUAAUGCUAAUAUUUCUAUCCACCAAGUUUUUUUUUACAAUCCUAUUAAUGUAUGCUAAUGUCAACUUACCUAAUUAUGAUCCAGCUGUGAUUAUGGCACCUUGUAUAUCUCAAUAUCAAUGCAAUUAUAAAUAAAAUGUGAAAUAAUAAAAAAAAAACUGUUUGAGCAGUGCUAAUAAUAAACUGAGCAUUAAGCCAAAAAAAGAAAGAAAAAGAAUGCGAUCUGCUAAAAUAUGUAAGUCAAAAUGACUAUUUUGGCUUUUGGGCAAGGGGUAUUUUUGUCAAAUUAAAAUCAGGCGGAAUUUGCAGACAAAUUGCACCAUUUGUUAUGUGCUUUAAGUGCUAAUAUUUACUUGGUUCAAUAGAUAAGCAAUAAUUGAUCUCUUUUGCCCAGGCUUUGGUGACAGACUUCUAAGUGAGGUGAAGAAACUAUCUCCAAGAGAUGUAAAAUUAAGGGUAAGCAGAAUUUAUUUUCUCUGCCUUCUUCCCUUCUAAUUUGGUCAAUUUUAACUUUGUAUCUAAAACAUUUGUAAAAGUGUCUGCUAUCCUAAUCGGAUCACUGCUCAAAAUUUAUUACUCAGGACUUAAUAAACAAGGAAAUGUACAAUUUUUAUAUAUUUAUAAACAACUCAGUUUUGAUUUUUAACUUUUAUAGAUAUCAGCACCACAGGAAAGGCUUUAUUCAACAUGGAUUGGGUAAGAGCACUUUUUUUUUUCUGAAAUCUAAACAUGCAUGCUGGGUUUUGAAUGGAAUAAUUGGAAUUCUAUAUUAAUUUGCUCUAACAGUUUCUUAGUGUUGUGAAGAUACCAUCAUAACCUUAAAAAAAUUAUUAGAUUUUAUUUUAUAAUGUUGAAUAUUACAACCCAAAUUAUUAUGGCAUUUAAAAUUAUUUGUUUUCCAGAGGGUCUAUUCUUGCUUCCUUGGAUACUUUCCGUAAAAUGUGGGUGUCAAAGAGGGAAUAUCAUGAGGAUGGUGUCAAGGCCCUACACAGGAAGACGUUUUAGAUUCAUUUAAUGUAUUUUAAAAUUUUGCAUAUACAAUAAUUAAAGUUCUCAAGUUGAGAAAAGAAAAUUACUCAAAAUGAGAUGGAACUGAAAGUUAAAUUAAAGUACCAUUCAGGGAGUAGAAAUUUCACAGUGCUUGUUAUACUUUAAACUUUAAAGUUAUCUAAACAAGUAAACCAGUUGCAUUUUUUUUUCUUCCUUUUCUCAUGGUCAAGCCUACUAAAUAAAAUAUACAUAAAAUACCCAAAACCAAGGCCACAUUUUAAAUAUAUGGGUACAUAAUAAUGUUUUAUCAUUUCAAAUAGUCUUUUUAACAAAAAUGAGAACUUUUGGCCCUUUGAGCUCUUAACUGUCAGAAGAUUUAUGUAUGGUAUUUCCUGAAAGGUCUCAAUUUUGGGCAUAUGCUGUUUCAAGAACAUCAUGGUAAAAGAGAUAAUGUUGAUUAUCCAACAUAAAGAAGUAGUUGAAAUUACUUAUUUUAGCUGCCCCAUACAAAAUACAACUAGUGUUAACAUUACUUCUCAGAUUGAUUUUUUUUCUGUAUCAGAAAUGAAUUACAAACAUUCUCCAAGUUUAGAUACUUCAUUAAUGUGAUCAGGUAAAAGAAUAAGAAGUUUAAGAUGGGUUGCCCUCAAAAAGUUCAGGAUAAUUUUUAGAAAUAGUUUUUUUUAAUAAACCACGAAAACUUUAUUAAAUUUAUUUAUUUAAUGGUAAAAAUAAUAGUAUGGGGGCUACUACUGAAGUGCCCAAGCAAGCCAGUCACAUGUACUGGAAUAUGGUUCUAUUAUGCCACACAGACAUACCUAUAAAAUUGUAUUAAAAUAAGUGCCCAUGCUUUGUUCAUACGUUUUAUUUACUGGAAAAUAAAUUUAACUAAGUAAUUUUGAUUUUAAAUCUUGCUGUAUUAAAGGGGUUAAGUGUUGUGGACAGUUUAAUUGCAGCUAAAAAAUACAUGCAAAGUAUGUAAGUAAGAGAUGAAGGGACUUUUUCAAAAUCUUAAUGCCCUUUUGGUACUUAAAUAUUAAACUCAAUUCUAUUAAAAAAUCAGUUUGCUGAAAGCAGCAAGAUUCCAUUGUUACAAUUUAUCUGUGACCAAUAUUACUCUCAUAGACCUCUAAACUAUGAGCAUUUUAUGAUACCCUUUUCUUUAGAGUUUUAUUGUGAAUGUAUCUGUAGUACCUUAAUUUGAAUUAAGUAGAACCCCUGAAAUCUCAUCCUUGUAAUCGACUAUAUUGUGAGCUCUGGGUUGAUGGUGAUCUUUAUGACUUAUUUUGAGGCUUCUUAAGUGUCUUUCGUUGCACAUUUUAUGUACCGGUAUUCACCUACUGUAAGUGAAAGUCAAAGCUUAUGUAAGUGUAAAAAAAAAAGAAAACAAGAUAAUAUGAGGAAAUAUUUUCUGCUGGAUAGAAAAGUUUAUUGAGUAAAAUAUAUUUUGUCUUUGCAAAGUUAUGUCUAUUUGGUGUUUUAAUUGUGUUGAGCAGUUGUUAGUCAUGAUUGAUACUGAAACUUACACAGCCUGUACUGAUUAUUUUUGGCUUAGAAUUUUCUGCAUCUAGUCUUGUCUUGAAAUUUGUACUCUCUGGGUUUCAAAUUUAUACAUGUAAUGCAUUCUCAAAGUAUUUUUUAAAAAUAUUAUAAAAAAAUUAUUCGGUAAUGAUUUUCCUUUUUUUAAAAUUUUGAGAUUUAAAACUAUGUGUAAAAUGAAUUUUUAGGCUGUGAAUGUUAAGAGAUUUGUAUUUGUCACAUCUUGAGCUGAAAAAAAGAAAACUUGAAUAAAAUAAUAUGACAUUGUUGUACUUGUGAUGUAGUCUUUUAUUUGGUGUUCAUGACUCGGAUAAUACUAAUGCAGUUUUUUUAAAUUAUGUAGUUAACCCCUUUUUUUAAAUGCCUGUCUUUUGCUGUUUAAAACAAAAUUGUUGUAUGUUCUAGUGCAAUAUAGGAAAAUUUAUGUAAUCUUCAUUACAUAAUUUUAAAUAAAUUAUUGAUAAUUACUAUGUUUAGUGGUGUUAAAGCUACAUGUACUCAAAAAAUGAGUUCAUUGAUGCUUUGACCCAAAUCUUUUAAAAUCUACUCGAAAUUUACAAUAAGUAAGGAGAUGUAAAAAAUGGCAAAAUAUCUAGGCAGUUCUUUUUAAAAAUAUUUAUUUGAAGAUCAAUGAACUAGAAGGUGCAGGGUCACAGUUUAAUGCUGUCUUCCAAUUUAAUCUUAAACAUUUUGAAUACAUCAUGCUUUUAGCUAUCAAUUUUUUGAAAUCCUGAAAGAACUUUGGGAAUUGGGCUUACAGUUGCUGUCUUUAUCAGACAAUCAAAACAAAAUAUUGCAAUUUGUUUUGUCUCUAGGAGAAGACUGCAUGUGUUUGUUAAUAUUUCUUUUGCUUGUGUCGCAAUAAUUUCUUAUUACUUUGUAAAUAAUAAACUUAAA